UGUCUUGUUCCCGUCAGUGGACUUUUAUGUUGUUCUCUUGAUGAAACAUGUCAUUGAGAGUUGGAGCAAGGGUUGAAAUCAGUGGGAAGGAUUGCCAGGGUGAGAUCGCAUGGAUAGGACAUCCGUCCUUUGCAGCUGGUAAAUGGAUUGGGGUUAUUCUUGACGAGCCCAAGGGCAAGAACAACGGCACCAUCAAAGACAAGUCGUACUUUCAGUGUGCAGAGAAUCAUGGAAUGUUCGUUCGUCAAACCCAGGUGGUACUUCUCGACAGUGCAGGUAAUAGGCAGGAUCCAACCAGUCCAGGAUCAGCUGGAAGUAUUGCCACCACCCCUGACGAUGGGGCUGCCAGGGCACGAAGUCGACUCAACAGCACAAACAUCCGCAGGAGGAACGAGCCCACCGCUUCAAGGCUGUCAUUGGCGGGCAGUCGAACCCAGUUAAGCACUCAGAGCAUCGAGAACCUCUCGGGCUCAAUUCACGACAGAAAAGAUGCCAGUGAAUCUGGAAUUCCAGUCCCCACUAGUGUAAAACGAGCGUCAUUCGUCGAGAAGUCCCCUAGCACGAGCUCGCCUACCGGCAAAAGGCCAAAGGCUCAAGACGAUCGCAAUAAUACGGGUUUUGUGGAAACCUUGAAGCCACACUUCGUACCUGGACAGGUCAUGGCAGGCUCUUUGUCCAGUGCCUCCAAUAUGGAGGAGAAGCUCAGUCAUCUUCAGCUAGUUCAGGAGAAUGAAAAUCUGAAGUCACAGGUCACGGAUUUAACCGAAAAAGUGGAAACACUCCGAGUUAAGAGGAUGCAGGACAAGGAGAGAAUGAAGGAUUUCGAAAAGACAAAACUCCAGUUUGAGCAGCUGCUGGAGUUCAAAUCCAAAGUUAUGGAGAGUCAAGCGAGUCUUCAACGAGAGCUACAGCGUGCUCGUCAAGAAGCUCGUGAGGCCCAGACCGCGAAGAAUGUUUACCAGGAGGAGAUGGCCGAUCUGUCAGAGACAGUGGAAAUGGCAACUCUCGAUAAGGAGAUGGCAGAGGAGAAAGCAGAGACUCUGCAAAUCGAACUGGAACAGUUAAAGGAAAAGCUCGAAGAGAAGACCCUGGACCUUGAAAUUCUUCGAACAGAGAUGUCCGAGCGAGCAGGCGGAGCUGUUGCCUCCGGAGCCCCAUCGAGUUUCGAGGUGAAACAACUGGAGCAACAGAACACUCGUCUCCGAGAGACUCUCGUAAAAAUGCGAGACUUGUCAGCCCACGAGAAACACGAAUUUCAGAAGCUGCAAAAGGAUUUGGAUCAGAAGAAAUCAGAGAUUCUCGAGUUAGGGAGAACUAAAGAGAAAUUAUCAGCAAGAGUUGAGGAGAUGGAGCAUCAGAUAGCAGAUUUACAGGAGCAGGUGGAUGCAGCUCUGGGGGCUGAGGAGAUGGUAGAGAUGCUGGGGGAGAGGAAAAUGGCCCUCGAGGAACGUGUGGCCCAGCUGGAGGAGGCAGUCUCCGAUCUCGAGCAACUCCAAGACAUGUCGGACCAAUUAGCAGAGUCCUCGAAGGAACUUGAAUUGGAAUUGCGAGAGGAAUUGGAUAUGGCUUUGGCAGCAUCGAGGGAUGCCCAACGCCACAAGGACGCAGCCCUGGAAACUCUGGCAGAUCGUGAAAUGACAAUCACCAAAUUCAGAGAACUAACAAUGCAACUCCAGGAGCAAUGCCUCCAGCUCCAAAAUCGAGUGCAAUCGACAGAGUCCUCUCAGUCAGGUGGAGCUGAGCAACAGCUGGCCGAGAUCCUCGAUUUCCAGAAGACAUUCGCCGAGUCGCGAGCCCAAACAAAAGCUGUCGACCUCGAGUUGAGACGUCUUGACGUCGAGGAAGCCAGAAAUCACGUGAAAUAUCUCAUCUCAUUCAUGCCACCAGCCUUCCUCACUCGAGGAAACGAUCACGACGCCAUUAUGACACUUUUACUCAUCCCCAGAAUGAUUCAGAAGACAGAGAUAAUAAUUUCUCAAGUGAGGGACAAAUACAGUGCAAUAGAUAAGGUCGACAAGGCAGGAUUACUCAAGGGUCAUUCAGUAGCUCAGUACGCGUAUAGAAAUCGUCUCUGUGGACACAUGUAUGCCCUCCAGACGUCUCUCGGAUGUUUCGAAUCGAGUCUGAACAUCUGUUCGCCAGAGACUCUCCUCAAGGUUGGUGCAGCCUAUCCUGAAAUGGCAGCCCAGGAAAAAUCCUUGGAUUUCUUAAUUCAACUUGCUAAAAAGGAUCAGCUAGACGAGAAUGUCCCGAUGGAUAGCAUUGAGAAGUGCUGCACCUAUUUCUCGAACAUGUUCUCAGUGAUGUUUGGUGACAGCACCCUGACUAACCAAGCAAGAAUGAUCAUCAAUGGAACGCGAACCCUUGGAAGUCUCUGCAAUGCAAUUGUCACAGAGGCAUCAUCUGUUAAGGCUCUUUUGGAAGGCGAGGGUGGAGAUAUUGCACUACUCUGUCAGCACAUCGAGACCACAGGCGAGGUGAUUCAGAAUAAUCUCAAUUCAGCACGACGCAGGGUCCCCAGGGACCACAUGAACACGAGUGCCACUGGAAUGAAUCUCGGCCUCGAUAAAGAUUGGCCCGAGCAGUUUGCCAACUGCUAUCAGAACGCAGUCAAAGUGACAAAGAGUCUCCAGGAUCUACUGAAGACAGCCCUUCAGACCAUUAUCGCUAAUGGAGACCUAGAGACUGGACUCAGUGCUGAUAAACUCAAGGAGAUGGCUGCCAUGUCCACUGAGAGGAUCUACGACACCGAUGAUCUUGGUCCAGUGACCACCAUCAAAGCCAGUCUCACAAUUAUUCACCAAAUUGCAACGAAUCUCGCCCAGAAAAUGGCAGAGUGUGAGAAUGAACUGGCAAUUGCAGGCAAUGCAGCCCAUAUAGCAGACCUGAGUGCUGAAAUUGUAUCGCCGAUUCAAUUGAGAGCUCAAGUCGUCAGAAAAGAAUCCGAGGAGACGAAAAUACUCGGCAGAAAGCUCGAGACGAGGGACGUGGAUAUCAGGGAGGCGAGAUUGGCACUUCGGGAGAAGCAGGAGGAGCUCUCGGAAAUGGUAUUGAGGAAGGAGCUUGCUGAGAAGAAGUUAGCCACACAGCAGCACGACCACGAAAUGAAUAUCGAUAAAUUGAAGAGAAAGCUCGACGAGGCGCAGAACCAGUUGAAACGAAAAGAGAAGGAGUUCGAGGAAACGAUGGAUCAUCUGCAGACUGAUAUUGACAGUUUGGAGUCUGAGAAGGGGCAGUUGAAGGAAAAAUUGAAAUCCAUUGGGAAGAAAGUGACGACUCCAGUGGCUGGGAUACCGUCUGGAACAGAGGAAUCGAUGAAUGUGUCCUCGGAGAGUAUCUCUUCGAGUCCAAUCGGUUAUGAUAAUAAAUUACUUGUCCAGGAGAUAGCAGCUCUGAAGGAGGCACUCAGCAAUGAGAGUAGAGUCAAGCAGAAACUCCUCUCCGAGUCCCUCAGGAACAAAUUCGAGGCUCUUGAACCACUUCCAGUGGUUCCCCCCGUCAAGAGUGAUCCCAAAAUUCAAAAACUCCAGCGGAAACGUCUUCAGCUCCUCAAGGACGUUCAGCAUGCUCUGGUUUAUCCAGUUGUUCCUGAUUUGAGUAGGAUUAAAGUUGAUAAGGAGCCUCCAGUCCUGGAGAAGGCUUCGCCUGCUUAUGAUCUCGUUAAGAGGCAGAUUACUAUGAAAAAUUUAAUGGAGAGGGCUGAGGAACUCAGUAAUGAAGUCAGGGAGGCUGCGGUAUGUAGAACAAUGGGGGCAAGAGCUCCUGCCAAUUUUGCGGUUUUUCCCAGCAGGGAAAUGGCUGCUGCCAUGAAGGAGAGGGACUGCCUUCUGGCUGCUAAAAUUUAUAUUCCCUUUCAGGGACAGUCUGUUGCACACAAUCUCAAUGUUGGCACUGAGGAAUUACGCAAAGUUCAUUCUCUUCUCUGUUAUUGAGGAAAUUCGCAGUCAAGUGGGGAAUUGUAAUGAGAAAACUCUGAUGGUCAGACAUUUUUUUAUAUUCUGCAUUUCGAGAAUUUUUUUGAGGAUUGCGGAUGCAUUCUGUUACGUUUCACCACUUUGCUGUUGGCACAUUGUAUUGUAGUUGAACAAAAAACCAGUGAUGCUUAACAUUAAAGUAUUUUAAGAUAAACUUUUCGGAUAUUGAUACUAAUAAGGGAUCAUGUAUUUAUUGCAGAAGGAUUCGUCGAUAAUCUUUAGUCCAUUUUUUUAAUGUUUUAAGAUCGUUCCAAUGAACUUUAAUGGAGGAUGUAUUUAAUUCAAUGGGAAGGAAAAUGAUAAUGAAAAUAAAAAUGAAGAUAUAUGAUUCAAUUCAUGGGAUUCGUUCUGUUUCGUUCUUUGAACUUUUCCAGGAAUCGACUCAAAUUCGCGAACCUCAUCGUCAUGAACAUUCACAUGAGUGCGCAUCCUUC